GCCGACGUCGAGAGGGGUCGUGUUUUCAAAAUACAAAGCGUCCACCGACCCGCGAUCAAAUGAAGAUGAAACGUUCGAAAAUUGACAUAAUCAACACCACGCUUGAGUCUUAUCUGAAGCGGCGUCGAUAUCAGGACGGAGAACUGUUUAGAAAAUUCGAACGAACUAAUAGUCAAACGAGUGAAGAAAUGACCCUAAGUGCGACUGCUGAGUGCGGCUCAUCUCGUGAUAAUUCGAUUGUCUUUAGUGCUAUUGUCAAUGAUGUUGCUGCUGCUGACCAGAGCUAUCAAAGGUUGAAAAUGUGGGUGAAUUCUAUAGUUAAUGACAAGUUGAAAAUCGAAUUGCGAGGAUUGCUGUAUCCCGUGUUCUGCCAUUUAUACUUAGAAAUGCUUCACGGUGGUGACAAGCAAGCUGCGAUACAGUUUUUGAAAACACACCAAAGCGACUUUCUCUCCGAUACAGAGAGAGACUUUUUAGAGAAAUUAUCUAGUGUAUACUCUGUUCAAGAUAUUGAAUUAAGGCCAUUAGUCAAUGCAUUCAGAACCAGGAAGUACAAAGUGGAUAUGUCCGACGAAGCACAUAUCUGCCUACAGAAAUUUCUCACCAAACAUGGUCACGUAAUUUUGAUGCAGGUUAUAAAUACACAUAUUACUAUUAUAAAACGGAUAAUGGAGCUGCAUCCAUCGGAUGAAGAGACAGGUAGUGAAAAAAGUCAAAGGAAUGAUAUUGGUAUUAAUGGCCACGUAGAACAGCCUUCUGGCACUGGUGUCGAUCGUGAAAUGCGAGAGUUACAAGAAGCUAUUCGGUUGAUCCGAAACAAUGCCCAUCAGCCACUACGAAUAUUCACGGUUAAUAAUGCAAUUGAAAGUGCCAGCUGUGGUAUAAUUUCACCUAAUAUGGAUAGGUUAGCUGUGGGUUUCAAUACGGCGGAGAUUAGAUUAUGGGGUAUUGGAGAUACCGUACUAAUGAGGCCAAAAUACAGAUCGUCAUCUCUUAAUCUUGCUAUAGAUUCUCCAUCGACGAGUAGACCUCCGGAAGAGUUUGGCGAUGGGGAUGAAGCAGGUGCCAUUGUCUUAAGGGGACAUACAGAUGUAGUACACGAUUUACGAUUCAUUGCUGAAUCAGACAUUCUUGUUUCUGUAUCCAGUGAUAAGGAAAUGAGAGCAUGGCGACUUAACGAUUAUUCUUGUGCAGCGGUAUAUAAUGGUCACAGUUACCCUAUAUGGUGUAUGGAUACUAGUGUGUUCAACAUUUACAUAGCGACUGGAUCUCACGAUCGAACCGCGAAAUUAUGGUCGUUAGAUAGAACGUUUCCUCUUCGAAUUUUCGCUGGACACUUCCUUGAUGUAAAUAGUGUAAGAUUUCACCCAAAUGCUCGAUAUAUAGCCACUGGUUCGGCUGAUAAGACAGUUAGGCUUUGGAGUAAAGACGAUGGUAACCUUUUGAGAGUCUACGUUGGUGCUCAGUCAACUAUCUACAGUUUAGUGUUCAGUCCAGAUGGGAAAUACUUAGCAGCUGCCGGCGACGAUAAAUGUGUUUCGAUAUGGGAUCUGGCCACAAAUGCAUUGCUAACCGAGCUUAAAGGUCACCAAGAUACAAUAAUGAACUUGGACUGGAGCCCUGAUGGACAAUUCAUCGCAAGUGCCAGCCUGGAUGGGGUAGUUCGAUUGUGGUCAACGCAAGAGUAUAUCAGCAUCGGUUCUGGUGAGACAACAAAUGUACAGUCAGAUGUAGGCAGUUGCCAAACGUAUUCGACAAAUUGCUCAAGCAUCCUUUCACUUCGAUACUACCAUAAAAAUAAUUCCCUCGUUUGUAUCGGAACAGUAUAGGCCUAAUUAUUAAACAUAAUUAAAUUUUCAGCCAUUCAAACAAAACGGAUUUAUUCGUCUUUAAAUCGUAAGCCCGCUUCUUCCUUUUUUAAUAUAUAAUUUAUAUUUAUACUAGCAGUUACGAUUAGGUCUUAAUUCCUCAGGAUUAUUUUAGAAUUGUAGCAUUUUGAUUUUUAUAUCGAUCGCGUUCAAUAGGAAAUACUCGGAAACUUUUCCACUCUGCUACAAUUGACAAAGGGGAAAUUCCAAGGUGUGAAUAGAAGAAUUCCUUGUAACAUAACUCGUUUAAUACGCGUGAAAUAUCUACUUAUUCAAUACUUAAAGAGCUCAUUUUUGUAAAGUGAAUAACCGGGCUUAAAUGUCUGCAAAUACUGCCCUAGUUUACUGAUAUUUCUAUUAGCAUUAUUAAAAUUGUACACUUCCAAGCAAUAUUAACAAAUCAAAUGAUCAAAGUCGGGAUAUUUAUGUUAGUUAAUUUAGUAGUCCGGACAAGUUUUAUUUUUAUCUAAAAAGUGAUUUUUUCCUUCAAGUGUUUUAUACGUUUAUUUAAACAAAUCCCAUGCCUGCGGUGCAUGCCCUCUGCACGCAUAUUUGGUAUGUUUUAAUAAUUUUACUAAAUGUACUGAUCGUCACAAACAAUUCACGGUUAAAUGAGAUCUCUCAUGGUAUUCUACCGCUUAAAAUAAAUGAUGUUAGGACUGAGGAAGUAGCAUAAAACGUUUAUAGAAAAGGCAAAAGUUUCGGCAGUAAAAGUAUAACAGUUUUAACUGUCGACAAAUUGUUAUCUGUAAACUGUUACCUUUUGUUGUUACGGUAUUGUAUAUGGAAGGAUGUUGGUAAACUAUGCAAUAAGUAUUAUUAUUAGGCACUCGAAUGCAAAUACAGUGGAAGUUCGGCAAUUUGGAGUGCGUGAAAUUGUUUAAAUUAUACAAAUCACAUAGAGCAAUGAUGGGAUACUUAAAGGAAGGAAAAGUUUGUAUAUGCUAGUGUUGCUACAUCAUCGCUGACGUACGAAACGGAUGAAUGUGAGAUUAUCGAACUUUUACUGUAUUAGAAAAUGAAUACAUGCGUAAUUUCCGACCACAAUCCGCAUAUUUUAUAUAUUUAAUAAAUGCGCGUAUCCGUCAAUAUCAAUAUGUAACGAGAAUGUGCGAAAACUACCUCGGCGUCUAGUACAAUAAUUUUUUCAAUCCAGAAUAAUAAAAUUCCACGCACUUUUUUUUAUAAUUUCGUCUAUAUUAUUCUCAAAAACAUUAUAUUUAAACUGCUCACUGAAUUUAUGAUGUAUAAUUUAAUUGGCAAUGCUAAGUGUUGACGCAUUCCUUGAACAACACUUUGCACAUGUUUGCCAUUAUAAUGUAAAGAUUGUUCUGUAAAAAUGUAAACCAGUCCUUGUAAUAAUUUCUUUUUCGUAUCGACUGAUUGUUACGUUGCCAUAACUGCGUUGUAUAGUUAUGUACACAGGUCUUAGUAUCGCAAUGUACAUUUUUAUUUAAACCUUUACAUAACACAAGUGUUGAAACGUGCGAUGUACCGAACAAAAUAAUUCUAAUGCCUGAAUUAAUAAUUACAAGCCACUUGUUCACGAUUGAAAAUUUUAUAUAAUAUGGUGAAGGAUAACAGGGUUCCAUUAUUAAAAAGAGGAAAUGGGGAAAAGAAGUUCACAAUGCUCCAUCGUAAUGAAUACAUGAUGUUAAACAAAAAUCACCCUGUAUUUGUUCUGUGAUAUAAGGUUUGAUCGGAUAAUUAAAGUCUUAAUUUGUGGCCAACUAUUUUAGACUGAUAAUUAACAUAUCUUGUUCGAGAAGGACAUUUGAACCAUGCAAAUACAUUUUUAAAAUCAUUUGUUCGUGACAAUCAUUCAAUUCGCUAUUGAUUUGAUACUUAUCAUAAUCCGGGACUCAUAAGAGGAAGUUUUAAAUGCAAGAGUGAAACGAGAUCUUAAAGGUCGCUUCCCGUUUACAUGCCUAGCCAUUGUUCUGUCUCAUAUGUACAAAUAUUCGAAAACUACCUGGACGAGUAACUAAGGCUUCCCAAUCGUUGAAAACAUUACGUUUUUAGAUUUCAUCAAUGGAUGAGUUAUAUCUUAUGUAUAACGUUUAAUAUAACGUCGUAAUACCGGUGUCAUUGUUUGCAUUCAAAGAGAAUUAAAAAAAAAAACUGAGUAAAAAAUAGGUACUUAAAAGACUAAAUAGUUGACAUCGAUACCUUGACAAACGGUUUCGAGAUAACCUAGGUGACGUUGAAUGUAUCGUGUAUAUGAUUCCUCGUUUUAAUUUACUUUAAGAUAAUCCUUCUAAUUUUUUUAUAUUGAAUUCACAUGUGAGAACAAAUCAAGCAAAAAAAAAUAUAUAUUCAUACAACGAU